UCAAUCCAAUGGGGCCUCAAAAUCAAUUCAGUCAAUUUUCAAUUCUUUCUUUGGUAAACUUAACUCUGAUAUCAGUUGCUGUUGUUGUAUGGCCAUUUACCCAUGAUGACGACAACGGCAACAAUGACGGUGAUUAUGAUGCCAAGCAGCACUGCACAACAGUUUGAUUCACAUGGUGCUUUCAUGGACCAUUUGCGAAGGAAUGUGGAUAUCGUGUUCCCGGCCAUUCAUGGCAAUUUUGGUGAGGGUGGUGGCCUACAGCAUAUGCUGGAGGAAGCAGGACUUCCCUUUGUUGGUACAAGCUCCGGUAUGGCAGCUAGAUUAUUCGACAAGCAUAGGGCGUCAUUGGAGCUUGAAGCAGCGGGAUAUGCAACACUUCCAUCGUUCCUAAUUCAGAUCUGCAGUGAUCGUACAAGAAAUGAUCUAAGGAACUGGUUUCUGAAACAUUGCAUUAAUGAGGCCAGCGGGCGGGUUGUGGUAAAACCAGUCAGUGCGGGGUCGAGCGUAGGAGUGACUGUUGCAUUUGGAGUUGACGAGGCAAUCAGACACGCGGAAGAUCUGCUAUCACAGGGAUUAGAUGAAAGGGUAAUGGUGCAGGUGUAUGCGGAGGGGGGAAAAGAGUUUACCGCCAUCAUUAUCGAAGGUGGGCCUGAUCAAGCCGGCAAGCCAGUUGUGCUGUUACCCACAGAGGUCGAACUGCGGAAUGGAGCUACGAAUGUUGAUGCGCUGGACGAUCGAGCCAUCUUUGACUAUCGGCGGAAGUAUCUGCCAACAAGGCAGGCUGGGGCGCACACGUGCGCUAAGAGGCGAGAGGGCACUGCGGUGAUGGUGAUGGUCAUGGUGAUGGCGGAGCGUGCAGGUGCUGGUGAUUGUGAUAGUGGUCUUUGGGUAGGAGGCGCAUGCAGAGGGGAUCCAAGGGGUGAUGAGGGGAGGAGAGAGAACGUACCUGGUGUAUGCUGGGGAUCGGCAUUGGUGUUGACGUCACGUACGUUUGUCUUCAACUUCGACGUGAUCGAGUCGCAUGAACGUAGAUAGGCUAGUUAAGAUGUAGUAUAGGCCAGGCGCUGGGCUCCAGACAG